UUUGAGAUCCUUUUAAAAAUUUGCUUCAGAUUUUGAUUAAUUUUCGGUCUUUUCGAGUAGAUGUCUCUUAGAGAAUUAAGAGAAAGAGAUUUUGAUUACUUGUUUUGACAAUUUCUUUGAUCACUAAGUGAUGUGUUUGCUCAAUCACUGGGAUAGUUUGCAAAUAUUUCAUGCACCAGCUGCAGUUUGAGGGCAUUGCUACUUGUAGUUAUAGAACAGUAGUCUAGGAUAAAAAAUUGACCAAUAACUGUUUUCCAGUUACCAACUUGGAAACAAAAGCUCGAACAAACAAGAAACAGCACCGAACCAAACAUGUCAUGUCAAGAUGUUCAUUGUGUUAUGUGCAAGUUGAUAUACAUUUAAUGCAAUUACUAGAGUAUGGAGGAGAUUAUCUAAUAUGUAGUCAUUUUCUAUUUCCUUCCUGAAGUUGCUUAAGCUGUUUCUUUGAUAUAUUUUUAGUAAAGAGCACUGCUCUUUAUAGAAAGGAGUUUCUGGUUUUUCUUUUCCAGAAAGUCUAUAGCUGUUUUAUACAUGAUAAAGACUAUUGUUCUCAAUUAAUAUAAUGUAGACAUUAAGUUCUUCUGGGUACAAGUAGAAGUUUCUUAGCUUGUUUGAUCCUGAUGUGGAGUGUACCAGCUCAUGUGAAUCGUAUCCGUUUUACUUGUUAUUGAUUGAUUGAUGAUGCUGCUUAAUUCAGAAUAGCAUAAUAUAAUUUUAAGAAACCAACUGUGGAAAAUCUGAUUUGUCUUUGACGACGCAUAUCGGCCUUUUCUCUAUUUGUCAUGACGCAGAGCUUCUUCUAUUUUUGCUCUAUCUUUUUUCUUUGGAUUUCGGUGACGCAGAGCAGUUUACUACCACAUUUAUGUAUAGCAGUGCUUCCAUCAUCAUAUGAUAUAUGAGCUGGUUGACUUUACUGUGUAUAUGUAGAACAUGAGGCAACAAAUUGGGCUGGUCAAUCAGGAGCCUGCUCUUUUUGCAACAAGCAUUAGGGAAAAUAUUCUCUAUGGAAAAGAUGUUUUCUGCAAUUUUGAGGAAUGAGAUCGGAUGGUUUGAUGAUACAAACAACACCAGUUCUAUGCUUUCGUCGCGUCUAGAAAGUGAUGCAACUUUAUUACGAACUAUUGUUGUUGAUCGCUCAACAAUUCUUAUACAGAAUGUGGGUUUGAUAGUUGCCUCAUUUAUCAUUGCCUUCAUCUUGAACUUGAGCACAGCAUAUCUGAAAGCUAACAUGCUAGUUGGGGAAGCUGUAAGUAACAUCCGCACUGUUGCUGCAUUUUGUUCUGAGGAGAAGGUCAUCGACCUAUAUGCUCAUGAGCUUGUUGAGCCUUCUAGACGUUCAUUUACUCGUGGUCAGAUUGCUGGCAUAUUCUAUGGUGUAUCUCAGUUCUUCAUAUUCUCAUCCUAUGGCCUGGCCUUGUGGUAUGGUUCUGUUUUGAUGGAAAAGGAGCUUGCUACCUUUAAAUCUGUCAUGAAAUCAUUCUUUGUUUUGAUUGUAACGGCAUUAGCAAUGGGUGAGACUUUAGCACUUGCUCCAGAUCUUUUAAAAGGGAACCAAAUGGUGGCAUCAGUCUUUGAUGUAACAGAUCGUAGAACAGAAGUCCUAGGGGACAUAGGAGAAGAGGUUACGAAAGUGGAAGGGGCAAUUGAGUUAAGGGGCGUUCAAUUUAGCUACCCAUCGAGACCAGACGUAGUGCUUUUCAGGGACUUCAAUUUGAAAGUUCGAACUUGAAUGCAUAGCUAGAUUAUGGAGGGUUUUUUUGCCUAACUAAUAUGAUCGACUUUUGCCUUUAUCGAUCAUAUUUUGACCUCCUAACAGAUUACUCAACUUGUAGGAUGGAUUGAUGGUAAUGUUGAAUAUUGAUGUAGUUUGCUGGCUGAUUUAAAUGAAAUGGCCUUUGACUUGUUAUAGUUGGA